AUGCAUGGCUACUUGCUCGUGUCCCAAGGUGCCUUCACUUCGGACGAUUCGUCCAACACGGAUAGAAAGUCAGAAAUGGAUUUCCAGUACAAAGACAGCCAUUCUUCUGAAUGUGCCACAAAGUCGUCGUCCUCCUCUUCUCCAGCAGACAAUGACGUGGGUUCGGUUGUUCUGUUUGGUGUUCCUAUAGUUUGCCUGUAUGUUGAAAGCAAAGAACGGCUCUGUCUGGCCCAGAUAUCAAAUACUUUACUCAGGAACUUUAGUUAUAACGAGAUCCACAACCGCAGAGUUGCGCUUGGAAUCACCUGUCUACAAUGCACGCCUGUACAACUAGAGAUAUUACGACGAACAGGCGCAAUGCCAGUGUCAUCCAGGCGCUGUGGUCUGAUCACUAAGAGGGAGGCUGAGAGGUUAGUAAGGUCGUUCGUAGAGGAAAUACCUCCACCUAAACUUCCGGAGAACUUUUCAUUCAAGGUUUACCAUACCUGUGGUUGGGGAUGUCAAGGCAUGUUUCUGCCUUCUAGAUACAAUAGUUCUCGUGCUAAGUGCAUUAAGUGCUCGUUCUGCAAUUCUUUCUUUUCUCCAAACAAAUUUAUAUUCCAUUACCAUAAGACACCGUCAGCAAGUUAUCGCCACCCUGACGCGGCAAACUUUAACUCAUGGAGACGCCAUCUUCUUCUGAGUGAUCCUUCUCCAACUGAUUCUCUCCAACAUGCCUGGGAGGAUGUAAAGUCAAUGUUCAAUGGUGGUUGCCGUAAGCGCACUACUCAACACAGUCUCGGUCCAUCAACAUCUUCAAACUCCUCGCCAAUACCAAUCGGUCAGUUCAACCAAUGUUCAUAUGAUCAUUUGCAGUCGGUGCCUUCAGGAGUAAACCAAUUCAACAGAUAUAUUGGAUCUGGCAUGAUGGAAACUGACACUCAAGAAAGACCAAUGACACACUCGUCUUUCCAGUCCAGUUACCCCAGCAAUGUGAUUGGUCCUUAUGGCGAUAUCCUUCGUUCUCUUAGCAUGCAUUACAAUCCCUGGUGGAAAUCUAUGUAUCUCACAGGUCAGCCCUAUUCUCCCUGUAAUUCGGUACCCCUCCCGAUCAACAUGUCCUGUAUUAACUACCCACCAAUGAUUCUUGCUUCUCCAAACAAUUCCAGUCGGCCCUCAACGGAGGAGGACGCAAAGUAUCCGGGAAACCCCGCUCUACCGAGAGUAACGAAAAGUGAAGAGAAGAGGCUUGCUAUACAAACGACAGGAGAGAGGAUACAAACUGAUGCCGCGAUCAGCAUACCAAGCAAUGGGAAUCAGUUUAUAGGGGCAGGAAAAUCUAGUUCUACUUCAACAGGGAUAGAUGAUGGGAACCUUAUCAACAAAUCAAAGAGUUCAACAGACGGCAAAGUUAAGGGGGAACAAACCAAAUCAAGAACCUCGGAUGAAAAUUGCACUGAACAAACCAAAGACCUUUUGCCAACUGAUGGUAUGGAUAUUUCAGCGUAUUCUAUAGAUCAGCUUCGAGAGUUGCUACUGAAGUCUAGAUCGGAGAAAUGUGGAACCAUGAACUGA